CACUUUCAUUUAUAGUUCACAACUCUGUGUAAAACAAACAACAGCAACAACUCUCUGUAGAUCCUAAAAAUGUCAGACUAAACUACAGUCAGAUGUAACCGGUAUGAUUAAAUACCUAGAUCAGGUGAGGCAACAAAGCAAAAGUAAAAGCAUAAAAAUGAUGGCUCUUUGGAAAGCAUUUCAUUUUUUCAUCUGUUUAACACUAACAAGAUUCGAUGCUGUAAUUUGUGUCACCUAUGUCAAGAGUGGGAAGAGUGUUACCUUAAAUCCAAAUGUACCUGGAGGAACACUUGAAGACAUAAUAUGGACAUACAAUGGAAAUAAGGUGGCUGAACAUGAUUUGAUUAAAUUUCAAGAGUAUGGUCAAUUCAAAGGAAGAACAGAGAUUGCCAUCUCUACUGGACAGCUCACAGUUCAUCAUAUGACCAACAGUGACAGUGGUGUUUAUGGGUCUGUAAUACAAAUAAAUGGAAAGCUGAAACAUUCUGCACAUGAUGUUCAAGUAAUUGAUCCUGUUCCAGAGCCUAAAGUGACCUGUGAACUGAAUCGUACUGCAGAAUCAAGAACAUUGUUCUGUUCUGUGGAUUCUCAGUUUCCAGCAACCUAUGAAUGGAGUGGAUCAAAUGCAGCACAGCAGUCUGGACAAGAGCUUAAUAUCAGCAAAGAGGAGAAUCUGGACUCAGCUUAUACCUGCACUGUGAAAAAUCAAGUGAGCCAGAAGAACACCAGCUUUAUUCUGAAAGAGUGCAACACAGAUGGAUCACAAUUAAAUCUGAUCAUCAUCAUCAUCAUCAUCAUCAUCAUUUCUGUGAUCAUAGCAGUUGCCAUUUAUUUUGUUAAAAAAAGAAACAAGGUUAAGAUGUCUGGACAAGCUGAAGAUGCAGAUGCAGAGGAAAACAGAGAGCAGGAAAUAAGUGAAGACAGAAAGGAGUUUGUGGACAAUGAUGACAGUAUGAAUGAGGAAAGUAAAUUAGAUGAAAGCGCAAUAUGUGCAGAUGAAAAUAGUCCACUAGUUAUAAAUAAAGAGGAUCUGACUGAACAGAUUUGCCAACAUAAAAAUGCACACAAUAUUAAUGAGAGAUCUAUAACAAGAGAUAAUGAAGAGAAGAAUGAAGUGGAGAUGAGUGAUGACAGAGGAGAGUCUAAAGAUGAAGAUGAAAACUCAGGAUGUGCUGAUGAAGAAGAUAUUCAACAAGAUGUAAAAAACUCCCGGGAACAGAUACAUGAAUCAGUGGAACAGAGGCAGAGUGUGCAAGAAAUGGUAAAGAAAAUUGAGGAAUUGGAACCCAAAUGACUACCACCCAAAUUUUCUGAAAUAUGAAUUAUGCACUGUUCAAUUUAGCACUUUCUCAACUUGGAACACUAUAAAUCUGUAAAAUUAUUCCACACAUUGCCAAGCACAAAUAUCUAACAAAGAUUUUUUUUGUGUGAUUAAUCACUGAAAUUGUAAUUUGAAAAUCAUUAAUCUUAAAUGGAUAUCUCACCCAAAAAUGAUAAUUCUGUCAUCAUUCACUCACACUCAUGUUGUUUCAAACCCAUUUGAUUUUCUUAUGUGGAACACAUUGUUAAAAAAAUGUCAUCAUCAUCAUCAUCAUCAUUUCUGUGAUCAUAGCAGUUGCCAUUUAUUUUGUUCAAAAAAGAAACAAGGUUAAGAUGUCUGGACAAGGUGAUCAUUACCUUAAAAUUGAAUUAUGUGGCUUUUUCAGUUUCCCGUGUUGUUAAAAAAAAAAAAAAAAGAGAUGCAAUGAAAGUGAAUAGUGACUGAGGAUAAUUUUCAUUUUUGGGAGAACUAUAUGCCUUUAAUGUUACAUAAUUUGAAUGGUAUGGAAAACAGUCUUUACUCAGACCUAAAUUGUUGAAUUUAUUUGUUCAGCAAAUGAGUAAAGACUGAGAUGGACAAAGAUGAGCAGCAUGAUCAAAGAGUAGUAAAUUAUAUAAGAGGUGCUUAUCAGCAUCAAAGAUUUCAUAAAUAUAGCUUCAUGAUAAUUUAGAACAGGGGUUUUCAAACUGGUGUUCAGUGACCCGUGGCCUAGAGGGCCAUAAGGGGGUUCGCAGAACAUCUCAGGGGUGGGGUUGGGAAGAUUUUUUUGUUAAAGGAGUAGUUCACCCAAAAAUGAACAUGCUCUCAUAAUUUACUCACCCUCGUGCCAUCACAGGUGUGUAUAACUUACUUCUGCAGAACACAAAGAAUUUUAGGAGAAUAUUUCAGCUCUGUAGGUCCAUACAAUGCAAGUGAAUGGGUGCCAACAUUUUGGAGCUCCA